AUGGCUUUGAAUGCUGUGGAGGUGGGAGUCGUUCUGACUCUUCUCAUGAUUCUUUCUAUGACACGGGCUCCCUGGGACUACUGGACGAUGCCGGCUGUGCUUGCAGCAAUUGCACUGCUCCAGUUCCUCUACCUGACUCCUGCCCUGGACCUCAGGGCUCAGCAAAUCAUUGCAGCAGAGGCGGAUCCGCAGCAGCUGAAAGACAGCCAAGUCAGGCACCUGUCCCAUGUGCGAGCCAACGUGGCGGCAGAGCCCGCGCCAUCUGCCUUCAUGCACGGCAUGUAUGUCUGCUACGAGCUGGCAAAGCUCAUGUCUCUGGGCGGCUUUGUUGUCCAGCUGUGCGGGCCCUGCACUGGAGCCCUAUCCAUGCCUCUCUAG